AUGGAAAAAUUUUCCACAAAUCAUAAUAAUUCUGCUACUUUUGCUCUGUCUUCUGCUGCAAAGAUGAUGAUGCCAGAAUCUAAGAAUCUAAGAAUCCUGGAAUCUAAGAAUCCUGGAAUCUUGGAAUCCUGGAAUCUUGGAAUCCUGGAAUCCAGGAAUUCAGGAAUCCUGGAAUCUUGGAAUCCUGGAAUCCAGGAAUUCAGGAAUCCAGGAAUCCAGGAAUCCAGGAAUCCAGGAAUUCAGUAA